AUGAUGAGACCCUGCUGUACAGCUCGAAGCAAACCCAUUGCUAUCCUAGCUCAUCUCUCUUCCAUCACUGCGAGACACCAACAAUUCAAGCCAGUCAACAUGGCAAGACUGGAUGAACACACCGGCGAUGACUGGGGCGAGAUGGCGAAGGUCUACAAGAAGCUGACUGUCGGGACAAGCGCGAAACCAAUUCGCGUCAUCCUAGAUCGACUAAAUGCGCUCGUGCCCUUCUCAGAGGCAAGUGGGAUUUUCGACGAUGGCACUGGUCCAGGUCCCAUCAUCUCACGCAUUAUUGAAGAAUACGGCCCUACACUACCCAAAUCCUGCACCCUCACGGCCACAGACUUUGCGCCAGGCAUGGUGGAACAAGUCAAGAAUGUCCAGCAGGAAGAAUUACAAAAGGAUCCAGCAUCACCCUGGAACCGAGUUUCGGUCUCGGUGCUUGACGCCAUGGAUCUGAAAGGCAUCCCAGACGACAGUCAAUCUCAUUUGACGGCUGGGUGGGUCUUCUUCAUGACACCAGACCCUCAGAAGUGCUUGACUGAAAGUCGGCGCGUCCUCAAGCCCGGAGGCGUGCUUGGGUGUUCGUCAUGGAAAGGCAACCAGUGGAUGGACAUCAUGAAACUGGUCUCUGUCAUCCGACCUGACAAGACACUCCCGGAACUGCCGAAAGAGUGGACGAGUGCGCCCGCAAUGAAGGUUGAGCUCGAGAAGGCUGGGUUCAGGGAUGUGAAUUCGGAGGAUGUUCAGGUCGAGAUGUCGUUCGAUCGCUAUGAGCCGUUCUUGGACCUGCUCACGACGAAGAUGCCGAUGAUGAUCAACCUCGUGAAGGAUUUCUCGCAAGGUGAGAUGGAGCGGCUGAGGCAGCUUAUGCUGGAAAAGACGAAGGAGAUGGCACCAAGCGAACCUGGGAUAUUAUAUGGCGCUGCACUGGUGGCAACAGGAAGAAAGUAG